CCUUUCUGUUAACCGUUAACUCUUUCUCCUUCCCAACCACUCUCUCUCUCUCUCUCUCCAACCCACUUUAUAUAUAUCUUUGUACUCUUUUGGGGAAUACUUUGCUCGUCAGACUCGAAAUCGAGUACCAUAAAGAACAGAAAAAGAAGCAAAGCUGGAGUGGACUAAAGGAGGUAAAGUGAACAGAGCAAGGUGGAGGUGGCUGCGUUCUAUAAAACAGAUGCCCCUCGACAUCCUUAACUUCUCUGAUGGCUUGCCCCGCAUUUUAUUGUCGGAACCCGGUGGUUCUUCUGCCGAGGUUCUUCUUCAUGGUGGGCAAGUUGUAUCUUGGAAGAAUCAGCACGGAGAAGAGCUGCUUUUUAUGAGCAGCAAGCAGGCAAUUUGGAACUGUUCUAAAGCAAUAAGAGGAGGAAUAUCUAUUUGCUUUCCGCAGUUUGGCAAUUUGGGGUCACUAUUCCAUCGAUCUCCAAGGAACAGAUUAUGGUCAAUAGAUAACUCUCCUUUGCACCCAUCUCCAACUAGCAACCAAUCAUCCGUAGAUCUCAUCUUCAAGCCCACAAAAGAAGAGAUGAAAAUGUGGCCACAUAGCUUUGAAAUGCGACUUCAUAUUUCUUUGGGCUCAGGCAAGCUAACUUUGAUCCCCCGCUUGAGGAAUAUUGAUAACAAGUCAUUCUCAUUCACGUUUUCUAUCUGCAACUACUUAUCAGUAUCGGACAUCAGUGAAGUACGUGUUGAAGGCUUGGAGACACUCGAUUACCUUGAUAAUUUGUUGAAUAGAAAGAGAUUAACAGAGCAAGCAGAUGCAAUUACCUUUGACGGGGAGGUUGACAGGGUUUAUUUGAGUACUCCAACAAACAUUGCUGCCAUAGACCACGAGAAGAAGAGAACGUUUGUACUGUACAAGGAAGGCCUGCCAGAUGCAGUUGUUUGGAAUCCAUGGGACAAAAUGGCAAAGGCAAUCCCAGAUUUAGGGGACCAAGAUUACAAGACUAUGUUGUAUCUUUGCUCGGCUGCAGUUGAAAGUCCGAUUGUCCUGAAACCCAUGGAAGAGUGGAAUGGCCAUCAAGAGCUCUCUGUCGUCUCUUCAAGUUAUUGUAGUGGGCAGUUGGAUCCUCGAAAGGUUCUUCAUGAAAUUAGCUUACCUCAGAAAUAAACUAAAAAACAAAGCCUCCUUGCAUUAUUGGAAGCCUAUUCUCUUGUUAAUAUUGAUCUUUUACGCAUCUUCUUCUUUAUGUAUUGUAUUUAUCAUAGCCACUUGUUUUACUGAUAUGGGUUUGGUUGCUGGAGCGUUGAACUUUUGACAUAUUUUCAUAAGUUGAGAACAAUCUUUGCAACCUGUUUGAUGGCGAGGAAGGUCAAUAUUUGAGUGUGAAACUCUUACUACUCACAUGUAAAGUUUGUCAAUGGCAGUGACAGACAAACGAUUAUAACAUGUAAAUCAUAUCCUUACCUAGAAAAAAGCAUCUUAAUGUUCAUUUUUUUUUACUAUGUGGAUUAUAGCUUCUCUCCUAUCA